AUGACUUCUUACACUUACUCCGACCUGCGCGAGAACGAGAUACGACUGCUCCGGCUACUUCCUGCCAACGGCAACUCUACUGACGGCAUUUGCAUUGUUCUGGACCACGCACCACUCUUUCCCCGGGAUAUGCAGUCGCAAUCGCAAGCACGACUUCGUUCUAAAAUCAAACUUAGGGAGCAGUUGCCAGAUGAUUGGAGGGUGUUUGCAAAUCCGGAGGGUAAACACUUCUUUGCAUCAGGCUGGGAUGUGCAAUACGAGCACCCAAAUGCAGCUAUCGAUGCAAGACUUUAUGAAGCGCCCGUUGGAGGUACUCGAGACAACUCGCAGCCUGAUUAA